AUGACCAACCGCAUUUCAUUCCAGAACGCAUAUUUCGAGCGAUUGGUAGAUUUCCCCGUGGUGAUAUGCCGCGAAUGCCAGUAUGGUGUUUGGCCCAGCCAGAUCGAAGGCCAUUUACAGCGUGCCCACCAGCAUAUAUCUCCCAUGAUCCGGAUUCAGCUUGGCGAUGAGGUUCGCAGCUGGCCCAAUAUCGCCAUUGAUCCCAUUGAGCUGGAGAUUCCACCAACCCGAACCCAGGCCAUUCCCCAGCUCAUUGGCCCAUUGGAUGGUUGGCAAUGUCAAUUAUCACCACAGUCAUGUGUAUAUAUAUGUCAGAGUAUCAAUGCCAUGCGGAACCAUUGGUAUAACCAGCACGGCUGGAGCCGGACUUCCCACCGAGGCCACCCCACGAGAUCCACCAUGCAGACCAUCCAGGAGCAGCAGAAACAGGCGUGUCGACGGGUUCCAUGCCAGCGAAUAUUCCCCCGGAAGACCGGGUCCCAGUAUUUCGCCAUUAUCGAUGAAAAAGAGGACUCCGAUCCCAUUCCCACCACACCUGGAUCCAUGAUUUGGGAACAAGCCAGCCGGCAAUAUGCGGAGUACGAGAAGCAAGCCGCGGAGCAGAUCCAGCACGGCCAUAUUGAUGAGGCCAAUCCGUGGCUCCGUCGGACGGGCUGGGUGCCAUAUCUGCACUCAUUUUCCAGUACCCAGUUGUUGGAAUAUAUCGACAUGCCCGCCAUGGACGACGCUGUGAACCACUCCCCUGUGGCCGAUCUCGACGAACAUGCCAUCCAGGCCAUAUGGACGGCCAUGGGCCAGGUGGGACAGAUCAGCCAGCAGUCCGUCAUCCACACCGGCGUGUUUGUGCGCAUGGAAGCCAUCCGAACCGAACGGCAUCAAACCCGGUAUCAGCCACUGGAGGCAUAUCAGGAUCUGGAGACUAUGACGGAGCGUGUUCGUCCAUGGCAGCAGAUGUUGAUGUUUUUUUGGCGGACGCAGCAAUGUGCAUCCGACGAGAGGCAUCCCCCAUAUCGAUUCACCCAACGACAACGUGCCGCAUGGAAUCGACUGCGGCGCCCAUGGGAACUCAGCCCAUCGCCCAUAUCCAGCGAGUCGUCCCACUCCGAAGACGAAUCAUUCACCGACGAUGAUGAGAUGGAUGAGGAGAUCCACGAGGAUCCCGAGCUAGAUCCCAAGCUGGAUCCCGCUCCACAGAGCGCCAUUCCACCAUUAACCCCCCUCCAGCGGGCGUGUUUGGACUUUUGCAUCGAGCUGUUGAACCAGCGUGUGGUACACCGGGAAUACGACUGCGCAUUGGUGUGUGCCAUGGCCGUGUUGGGCGUUCGCGAUCGAGGUGGAUGGCGGACCCCGGAGGAUUACCCGCCCAUUUUGUCCAAAGUGAUCAAACUGGCCCGGUUCAUGGUGGUCCGGAAAGCCAUGGAACUGGCGGAGAACGAGGACGACGCUGAACCCGCCAGUUCCAUGCAGGAGAACGACUGGGACAGUGCGUACGGAGGAUCCCCAUCCCCCCGUGCCACUCCAUCCAAGAAAGGGUGUUUGCAGUGGGUGACGCAGAUGAUGGACCGGUUUAUGGUGCGUGGAUCCCAGAGCCCAAUGCAGUGGAUGUUGGAUUUACGGACGUAUGGGUUGAAGAUCCAUUACAACACCACCACGGAGGGCCAUGUGACGUGGCAGAAUAGUGAUGAGCUGUUAUAUAAAGAUGUCAAAUUUACAAUGCGGCAGUUCCGUGGCAUGGUCGACCACACGGUACGGGAUGCACGGCGGAUCUUGAUGGAGGAUUUGCUGCAAUGCGCCCCCGAUCAGGUGCCCGUGAUUCCAUGGGAUCAGCUAUAUGAUAACCCGUUCAAUGAGGACCCCCAAUGGAGUUUUGUGCAGGAUCCGCGGACCCCAUGGCCCGUCGAUGGCACCGGCUGGCUAUGGCAGCAUAUCCAGGAUCAUCCCCCAUUAUGCCGUCGAUUGAUCCAGGCCGACGGCCACGGCAUUCAGCCCAUCCGCUGGCAGGCAUUCCACCGACGGAUCCGCACGUUUUUGGAGAAGCUGCUGGCGGCGGUCCAAUUCACAUGGGGCCAACCCGCUCGUGCCCCGGAGUUGUUGAGCAUUCGACAUGAGAAUAGCCACGUUGGUGGGAUCCGGAACAUGUUCAUUGAGGACGGCAUGGUGGUAUUGGUGGCGCGGUAUCAUAAAGGAUAUCAGGUGAGUGGCGACGUCAAGAUCAUCCAUCGAUAUUUACCACGAGAGGUGGGUGAGCUCCUGGUAUGGUAUUUAUGGCUGGUAUUGCCAUUUCAACGGCGCAUCGACGCGUGGAUGCAUCAGCGGGAGGACAUCAAUCCCCAUAUCUGGGCCUCCGCGCCGUGGGAACCCACAUGGACCUCGGAACGGGUGCGGCGGAUAUUACAACGGGAGAGCACUGUGGGAUUGUCCGGGCAGACAUUGAAUAUUGCAUCGUACCGUGAGAUUGCCAUUGCAAUCAGCCGCCGAUAUAUGCGAGCAGAACGGGCAUUUGUUCGCCGUGACCCCCAUUCCACCACGGAGGAUGAUUUGCAUGAGGAUGAGGCCCAGAUUAUGGCCCGGAUGAUGGAUGAGCAGGCUGGACACAGCCCCCACGUGGCCGGAGCUGUAUAUGCGCGGGAAACCACCGAACGAGCUGGCGAAGUGGCCGAUCGACGACAACGAUUCCGGCAAAGCAGCCAGGAAUGGCAUCAGUUUUUGGGGUUUACAUCCGCCAUCCGUUCCAUCCCCACUGGCAAGAUCACACCAUUCCAGGACACGGCCCAGGCCAGUCAGAUCGAGCGAUGGAGCCGUACCCGAGCCAUGGAUCUCGACGAGUCAUUACAGCAGAUGAUGGGACCAUCCGCCACGUUUCGAGGGACCCAGAAAGCCGUGAUUCAGUCCAUCGUCCAGCGGCAGAGUCCCAUUGUUGCCAUCAUGCCCACGGGCGCGGGGAAGAGUUUAUUGUUCAUGUUGCCCGCAUGGAUGAGCCGUGGAGGCACCACCAUUGUGGUUGUUCCAUUGGUGGCAUUACGGGGAGAUCUCCAACAGCGAUACCAGACCUUAGGCAUCUCCUGUGUGGAAUGGGAUUCGCGACGUCCCGUCGAUGGAGCAUCGAUUGUAUUGGUGACGCCGGAAUCCGCGGUGAGCGAGACAUUCCAGACCUUUAUUAACCGGAAGCAGUGGACCAAGGAGCUGGACCGCAUUGUGAUCGACGAAUGCCACAUCAUAUUACAGGAAGGAUACCAGUUCCGGAAGCAGAUGGCGCAGCUGGGUGCAUUGGUCCGCGCGGAGACCCAACUCGUGUUAUUAACCGCCACCUUGCCCCGUGAAAGCGAAGCAUUGUUAUGCCAGCGGAUGUAUUUAGAUUCCCCCACGAUCCAGUGGUUCCGCGGCCGGACCAGCCGGACCAACGUGGCAUAUCAAGUGAUCGAGAUUGGCGCCGGUGAGCCAUCUUGUGAUAUAAGCGAGCUGAUGAUUACGUGGAUUCAGCAGCGCGUUCAGCAGCUCCACGAGGGGAAAGUGGUCAUAUAUGCCAAUACGAUUGCCACCAUCCAGCGGAUUGCCCAUCAACUGCAAUGUCCCGCUUAUUACAGCCAGGCGGUGGAUAAAAAGGGGAUGUUAGCAUCAUUCCAGAAGCAGAAUCCCGGGGUGAUCGUGGCCACGAGUGCGUUGGGAAUGGGGAUUGAUAUCCCCGAUAUCCGGCUGGUGAUCCACGUGGGCCGGACGCGGUCCUUGUUGGAUUAUGGACAGGAAAGUGGACGAGCCGGACGCGAUGGGGCCGCCAGCCAGGCGAUCAUGUUAAUCGAUGGCCACGGAGCGGGUUGGGGGGAUCCGCCCACGGUGGAUUCGCGGGUGCAGGAAUACCUUGGCGGUGGUUGUCGACGGCGGGCAUUAGAUAUAUAUUUAGACGGGACGGUGGAUGGAUAUACACGGCAGCAGUGUGAGGACGGUGAGGCGAUAUGUGACCAGUGUCAGAGUAGUAUAGAUCCCAAUCCCGCCAGUCCGAAUGCCAGUCCCAAUGGCUGGCUGAGUGCCCGCGAGAAUAACAGACAGGAAGCCAGUGAUUCGGCCAGUGAUUCGGCCAGUGAUUCGGCCAGUGAUUCGGCCAGUGAUCCAGGCAGAGAUCCAGGCAGAGAUCCAGGCAGUGAUUCGGCCAGUGAUCCAGGCAGAGAUCCAGGCAGAGAUCCAGGCAGAGAUCCAGGCAGAGAUCCAGCCAGUGAUCCAGCCAGUCAUCCAGCCAGUCAUCCAGCCAGUGAUCCAGCCAGUCAUUCAGCCAGUCAUUCAGCCAUCCAUGACAGACCAAACGGCUGCCCAAAUAACCGCCCAAGGACCAGCCAUUUCACCAGUCCCAACAGCCACCAUAUCGCCAUUCCCACACCAUCACCCGGUCCACGCAAACGCGCCAUUUCCCACCAUUCCAUCCCCCCCAUGGCCAAACGUCGGGCCCAUCCCAUAUUCCCGUCGACGGCAUAUUACCAGGGGCCCAUGCAACGACAGACGCAGCACGCGGAGGCGGAUGGACAGGAAAUCGAGCCCAUCCGGGAACCGUUUGACCGGUGGGCCGGGCAAUGUCGAUUAUGCGGGAUGACAGGGCAACCAGCGCACCAUAGGAUUGGCAAUUGUCCCCAUCCACAGGCACAGAUUGCGCAGUCAUGGAUGGACCAGGUGAUCGAACAGGUGGUCCAUCAGCCACGGGGGGCCGGACGGCGAGGGUAUGAGGCAUAUGCGGCAUGUUUUGGAUGCCAUUCCCCGCAGUGGAUUUGCCAACAGUGGGAGAGCAACGGGUACGGUGGUUACCAGAAGACGCACGAGCGGUGUCAAUAUCCCCAUGUGGCGAUUCCGAUCAUGGGACAGUUAUUGCAUGGACCGCAGCGGCAUUCAAUCCGUGUAGCAUGGCAACAGCGAAUGCAGGCCCAGUUCCCCGGGGUGGACAUUGACGAUGAGCGAGGGUUGAUUGGACAUUUCCAACGGCGAUUUGGGCGACGUGGUGAGGAGCGCAGCGGAUUGGUGGUAGAGAUGAAUUGGAUGUGUGAAUUUAUCGAGCGGGAAUUCCCCGCGUGA